AUGCAAGUGAUUGAGGCAGACCUGGCGAGGGAUGCGCCCUGGAUACAGAUCCAGCAGGACACUUUCACCCGCUGGUGCAACGAGCGCCUCCACCGUGUAAACAAACACAUUGACAACCUACAAUACGACCUGAGUGAUGGGCUGCGGCUCAUUGCCCUACUGGAGGUUCUCAGCCAGAAACCUAUGUUCCUCAAGUACCACCAGAGACCCAUCUUCCAACAGAUGCAUCUGGAGAAUGUCUCAGUGGCACUCGACUUCCUGGACAAGGAGAACAUCAAACUGGUCUCCAUCGAUAGUAAAGCUAUUGUUGAUGGUAACUUGAAACUAAUCCUAGGGCUAGUGUGGACUCUUAUCCUCCAUUAUUCAGUAUCUAUGCCUGUGAAGGAAUAUGAAGGAUAUUACAAUGCCAAGCAACAGACUCCAAAGCAGAGAUUACUAGGCUGGAUUCAGAACAAAAUCCCCUACUUGCCGAUAACUAACUUCAACCAAAACUGGCAGGAUGGCAAAGCACUGGGUGCCCUUGUUGAUAGCUGUGCUCCAGGUCUCUGCCCAAACUGGGAAGCCUGGGACCCGAAAAAACCUCUUGAUAAUGUUCGUGAAGCUAUGCAGCAAGCUGAUGACUGGUUGGGUGUGCCUCAGGUCAUCACUCCUGAAGAAAUUAUUCACCCAGAUGUGGAUGAAUACUCUGUAAUGACGUACUUGUCACAGUUCCCCUGUGCUGCUCUGAAGAAUGCCAUUGAAAUCUACAGCCUGCAUGUGGACAGCAAAGUUACCUCACGAUUUGCGCACACAGUCAUCACCAGCAAAGUUGCCAACAGAGCGAAUGUAUCCCAGGAGGCACUUUUUGAAGUGGAGCUACCCAAGACAGCCUUUAUCACAAACUUCAGCAUGACGAUUGAUGGAAAAACUUACCCUGGAGCAAUAAAGAAAAACAAAGCUGCCCAAGACCGGUAUGAUGAUGCUUUUACAUGCGUGCAAAGUACUAGACUGGUCAGAUCAACCGGAAGGAAACUAGAGCAGUUUCAUGUUUCGGUCAGUGUUGCAGCAGCUGGGAAAGUUACCUUUGAGCUGACCUAUGAGGAGUUACUAAAACGAAAGCUAGGAAAGUAUGAACUGCUGAUUAAAGUUAAGCCGAAACAGCUUGUGAAAGACUUCCAGAUUGUCACCCGCAUCUUUGAACCCCAAGGCAUAAGUUUCCUGGAAACUGACAGCACCUUUCUGACCAAUGAACUAAGUGAUGCCCUCACAAAGGUGCAGGAGGAGACCAAGGCUUAUAUCAAAUUUAAACAGACAAUAGCACAACAAAGAAAGAGACCUGAGCUGGAAGAAACUCUGCUAGAUGGAGAUUUUCUCAUUCGUUAUGAUGUUAAAAGGAGUGUCACUGCAGGAGAUAUACAGAUUGCUAAUGGAUAUUUUGUGCAUUAUUUUGCACCCAGUGAAAAACCCGCAUUUCCCAAAAAUAUUGUUUUCGUCAUAGAUGAUAGUGAUUCUAUGGCUGGCAAGAAAACUCAGCAGACCAAAGAGGCCCUACAAAAAAUUUUGGAAGACCAAAAUCCUGAAGACCACUUUAAUUUAAUAAUCUUUAGUAGCAAUGUCACUGCAUGGAAGCCAUCUCUGUUGCCAGCUACAGAAGAGAAUGUGGAGCUGGCUAAACAAUAUGUUAGGACCAUUAGAGCCCAAGGAGCAACAGAUAUCAAUGGUGCUCUCCUGGCCGCAAUACAUGCACUGGAUGAGGCCACCACUGCUGAGUUACUGCCAGAGCAAAGCAUUUCAAUGAUGAUUUUGCUGACAGACGGUCAACCCACUGUUGGUGUUACAGAUGUCUGUAAAAUUCAAGAAAACAUAAAGCAGAGUAAUAAUGAGAAGUACUUCCUCUACUGUCUUGGCUUUGGCACUGAUGUCGACUACAGAUUCCUGGAAAAGAUGGCAUUAGACAAUGGAGGAAUUGCUCAGUGUAUAUAUGAGGAUGCAGAUGCAUCCCUACAGCUCCAGAACUUUUAUCAUGAGGUAGCUACUCCCAUCAUGAAGGGGAUUGAAAUUAACUAUCUUGACAACGGGGUACAAGACAUCACUCAGAAGAAUUUCAAAUUGCUCUUUGAUGUCUCCGAGAUUGUAGUAGCUGGAAAGAUCGACAAUGAACUUGAUGUUUUCCUUGUAGAAAUUAAAGCUCAAACACAAAUGAACAACUUGACUCUUAAAGAGCAAGUAAAUGUAACAGAAAAAGAAGAAAUAUUUCGGAAUCAGAAGUACAUUUUUGGAAACUUCAUCGAGCGAUUAUGGGGCUACUUAACUAUUCAGCAACUGCUAGAAAAAUCUGUUUCAGCUGAGGGGGAGCAGCAGAAAAGCCUGAAAGACCAAGCUUUGGGAUUCUCCUUGAAGUUCAGCUUUGUUACCCCCCUCACCUCCAUGGUGGUUACCAAGCCUGAUGCUGAAGAGGCAGCAAAAUAGCAAAUAAACCUACAGAAGCAGGCAACAAAAGAAAGAUUACUGGGUAGAGUCAUCCAAAGUUACUGUUUCCUCCUGUGUGCUGGAUAUAUAAUUACAUUUUCCAGCAAAUGUUGCUGUUUAACAUACCUCCCUAAUUGCAUUAACUGGAGCACUGUCGGUUAAUGUUAUUUGAUGGAAAAUUCA